UUCUUGUUGCAAGGAAGUUGUUAAUUCUUUUAGAAAGGCUUUUAUUAGUUAGGCAAGUUGAGAUUCUUAUAUUUUCUUUCUUGUUUUGUAUUAAACGGCAAAGUUAGGUACUUUCUUAUGACAUCACAAGUACUUUGAGGACUGGACCGAAUUUACUUAGUGGACGAAGCACACUGUCCUUCCAGAUCAUAGCGGCGGCCAUUUUUUUUGAAAUUAUUUUUCACAUUUCUGACGAAUAAAGUGAAACCGUUGAGUAAGGAAUUUUCUUCAGAUUUUAAUCGGGAAAACAUGACUGGUUAUGAGGUAGAAACUGUUGGCAAUGUUUCUACUGAUCUUUACUGCUUUGUCUGCUUAAAGAUUAUGAGAAAUGCUGUCCAACCACCAUGCGGACAUGUUAUGUGUCAAGGAUGUUUUGAUGCCUUAGAGAAAGAUGCAUCAGAAAGGAAUACAGAGCUAGCCUGCAGGAAAUGCUAUGUUGCAAUAACACGAAACAAGGUGACAUCUGUGCCUCUAAUCGACCGAAUGAUUCUUUCCAUUCAAGUUAGAUGUAUUCAUCAUGUAAAAGGAUGUCAAUGGACGGGAGAGUUGGGAAAGCUGGAGAUGCAUCUAACCAAAUGCAGUCACUUGGCAAAUCUUUGUAGUUAUGGUUGUGGAGAGAAGAUACUUCCCUGCAUGGAAAUGCAGCACUCGACAGAAUGUGAAUAUCGCACCAUAAGUUGUGAAUAUGAAGUUUGCGGUUGUGAUAAAAAGGUCAUUUUCAAGGAUUACAGCAGUCAUCUGGAACAAUCACGAGACUAUCACGUGAUGAUUUCCCUACAGAAAAUGGUUGUUUCUGAGAAUGAGAGGAAACUGCAAGGGUAUAUGCAAGUAAAGGGCGAAGUUCAGUCGGCACAAUUAAAGUUGGAUGCCAUUUUAAAAGAAGUUGAAGAGGAAGAGAACGAAAUUAAAGAAGAGAUUGAAACCUCUUUGCAAGUUAUCACUCGAGAUAUAGAAGCGGAGAUAUACAGUUUGAAGCUUCAUGUGGAUAAGAGCGUUAAUGAGUUUGAUCGUAAUGCGCUGAAGCAUGCAGUAAUUACAGACAAUGACAUGGAGAAGCUGAAACUUGAUUGUGACAUGGGUGGAUUGCAGCGAAAGUUGGAUACUGUAUUCAUGGAUCAUCGGAAGCAAUACAGUUGCAAAGCAAAAGCUUAUGCUCGAGACAAGCUAAAAUCAAUGGAAGCUGUUAGGAACAAUGUGUCCAUACUUGCUCUGAAAGCCUCUGGAUAUGUAGACGAUACGCAACUGUGCAAAAUGAUUGAUGUAUUUGAAAAAUCACUUGAAGAUGGAACAAGAAAAGUCAAAAAUGUUUUGGGUAAGAUUGUUGCAAGUUCAGCAAAUCGUGUUGAACAACUGAAAAAUGCGUUUAAACUUGAAGAAGAAUCACUGAGUGAAAGUAUUUCACUAAAGUGUGCUUACCAGACCAGAUUUAAAAAUAUGGUGGACAAUUUUCACAAUACACCAACGCUGUAUCUAUGGAAAGUUGAUGCUUUUGAGAAUAGUGUCAUUGGUUCGAUUAACUGCUUGGCGUCACAUGUUAUAUCGGGUGGUAAUUUAUCAGCACAGCCUUCUUUUUGUCAAUAUUCUGUUGUGUGGUAUAACCGUGCUAACAUAACUGUCUAUCACCGUCCAAUUUCAAUUCCUCCUUCUUCUUUGAUAAAAUUUUCUGUUUUGUCACAGUUGAAUUCAAAGACCUACGAAUGUGACAAUUUUUCUCCUCGCUUAUUGGGACAACCGAAUUACAAUCAAAACGUGGUUAGUUAUACCGUGGUUAGUAACCAGCCCAUUUCUCCACGGCGGCUAGUGAAUGAAAAUGUUUCUUUCCAAAAGCUGCAGGAGAAUGAAAUUCAGAAAAUGCUAAAAAAAACCGUGCAAAGCAUUUCAUUCAACUCAACUAUACAAGACAAAAACAAAGGAGUGCUUGUGGAUGAUGUUGUGUAUGUCAGAUGUGAACUUACAAAUUAAAGAAAAUUUUUACAGAAACAAUCUCUCCUUAGUAGGAUGUACACUAUCAUUAUUCUUACGUCUCUAUUGUUCUAAACUAUAGACGUAUGUUUCUGUCUAAAAUUCCAUCCUGAUAUUAUUAUGAAGCAUAUUCUUAUAAAUGAAGAA